GGUGACGUCACGGCCGCGGCUGGCUCCGUCGCUUGGCAACGGGGGCGGGGGGGGCCGGGGCGUGACGUCAUUAUCGAGAGAAGGAGCGUUACCGCGGGCAGCGAUUUGGACCAGCCGUGAUGACGUCAUCGGGCGGGGGGCAGCUGCGCUUGCUGAGGGCGGCCGCCGAUGAUGUCACGCCCGCCCCUGCUGACGUCACGCCCCCCGCCGAAACGGCGCCGGCCAGGGCCGAGGCCCGGAUGCACUUGCGAGUCGCCCGCUUCAUCAUGGAGGCCGGGGUGAAGCUGGGGCUGGGCUCGGUGCCGCUGGCCACGGCCUGCGCCGCCUACCACCGCUUCGCGGGCGCCGUGGGGCCGGGCGCCCCCUACGACCCCCACCUGGUGGCCGCCGCCGCCCUCUUCCUCGCCGGCAAGGCCGAAGGGCAGCCGCUGCGGGCCCGCGACGUCCUCAACGUCGCCCACAGGUGCCUGCACCCCGGGCAGCCCCCCCCGGGGCUCGACGGGGGCUUCUGGGCGCUGCGCGACAGCCUGGUGCAGUGCGAGCUGCUGCUGCUGCGUGUGCUGCGCUUCCGCGUCGCCGUCCCCCACCCCCACAAGUACCUGCUGCACUACCUGCUGGCGCUGGGGCGCUGGGGCCGGCGGGGGGGCUGGGGGCACCCGCGGGUGCCGGGGGCGGCCUGGGCGCUGCUGCGGGACGGGGCGGCGGGGGGGCUGGGGCUGCGCCACCCCCCCCAGCACCUGGCCGCCGCCGCCCUCCACCUGGGCCUGGCCCUCUGCGGCCGCCCGCCCCCCCCCGGCGCCCCCCCCCGCUGGUGGCAGGUGCUGAGCCCCUCGCUGGGGCCGGAGGAGCUGGAGCAGAUUGUGCGGGAGCUGCUGGAGCUCUACAGCCUCGACGCCGAGGUGGGGGGCGCCCCCCCCGCGCCCCCGCCGCGCCCGCCGGACACCCCCGCCGACUGACGGACAGGCGGACGCAGCGACUGACCGAGGUACACCCCAGCACAGGCACCGGCCGGGGUGAGUGACGGACCCGCGGACGCUGCGAUGGACUGACAGACCCCAGGACUGACAGGCGGACACGGGGAGAGACCCACAGACCCCGGGAUGGACCCUCGGACUGACUGACGGACCCCAGGACCGACUGACGGACCCCAGGGCUGACACACGGACACCGGGAUGGACCCUGGGACCGACUGACAGACCCCAGGACGAACCCAGGACCGACUGACGGACCCCAGGACCGACUGACGCAUCAGGCCAGCAGGACCGACUGACCGAGACACCCGGACGGACACUGCCGGCCCCGCGGACGGACACACAGACAUUCCCCCCCGCCCCCCCCCCCCCCCCCAUUAAAGCGGGGCCCCGGCGCCUCGUGACGUCGCGUGUUCUGUAACAUGUUUAAUAACCGCCCGAGCCGCGGCCCCGUGCCGGGGCACACGCGUGUGCGAGGGGCGGCUGCCCGCGGGGGGGGGGGAACGCGUUGCACACGCGUGUGCCCAGUCUCUUGCACGCAGCGCUCCCCCCCCGGGGGGGGGGGUCACACGCGUGCGUCCCGGCUCGUGCGAGGCCCCCCCCCCCCUUAAUAAAUAAUUACAUACAUUAAA